AUGGUAGAUUUACUUCCCGGGGCCAGACUCAGCAGCUCAGGUGGGAACAUUGUGCUAUUCUGGGACGUCAUCAAGGUGGAUCGUGUUGAGAUUUGGUGUGCGGAGAUCUCCUUGAAGAGACAACCCCAAGGAGGAGGAGAGAUUUGGGGCAAUGUGGAGUGGUCUAAUGCUGUCAUGACACUUGAUCCUUCCUCGGAUCGCUACAAGUUUAUGUAUUCUGCUUCUGUCACUCACUGA